GAGAAAGAGUAUGAGAGCAUGACAAUGAGCCAAACGAGUUUGCUCGGCCUCUAUUUUGUCCACAGAUCCAGCUUUCGACAUGGUCGUUGCAUCAUCCCCUCCCGCCCCGACUCGUGCACCAUGUUGUUGGGUCUUCUCGUGUGUUUUGACAUCGAUCUCUUGGUGCCCUCACAUUCUCCUCCUCCUUCUCUUCUGCCGCUGGGGUUUGCCGCAAUCUGAUAGACCUCGGUUAGAUCGUCGGGCUGUGUGUUGUGUUGUGAAUCCGAUGUGACAAUCCUGUUUGUGGCGGUGGGCAUGCUAGGCGUAGGCCAGCAUCUCAAGGCUGAUGUUGUAUGCAUUGUGAGAAGAAAGGGAGUUUGGUUUUUGUACUUGUGAGAGAAGGGAGUCAGCAAGCAAGGAAUCUGCCAUGGUGGUUUUCAAGAACAGGUACAUGGUGCUAGAGAUGGUGGUGGGUCACGGCCUCCGAUUGGCCGAUGUGAAGAUCACCCAGAACGAUGUCGCGAGCGCCAUCCAGGAGAGCCUUCUCGUCAACUUCGGCGAAUAUGGGCUUGCCUCCAGCCUUCCUUCUCUUCAAGUUAAGUACGUGAAUGGAGGAACAGGGAUAUGUGUGGUACGGAGCAGCAGGAAGCAGUACAGGACUAUAUGGGCUGCUAUCACCUUUGUCACGGAAAUACGGAAAUUACCGCUUGUCUUCAACCUUCUCGACUUGAGUGGCAGUACAAGUGCGUGUCGGCGGGCAGCGCAGCAGUGUGACUCAGAGAAGCUGAGGUUGUUGAAGUUAGACAAGCACACGCUAUCGGCGGAGCAACUGGAGUACGCCGAGCUGAUGCAAAGCAGGCUUUCUUCAAUUGAUUAAUUAUUCGAUCCAUCUUACAUAACGCCUAUAGGCGCUAUUAUAUAACCCCUACACAAGUUGGAGUUUAUAUUCUUAUACCAGAUACCACUCUACAAAUCACAUUGCAUUCAUCGGCAACUUUGGAGAUAAGGGAAGUGAUUUUCUUGCUAUUUGAAUUGAGGGAAAAGCUCCCUUAGUGCUAGUUUGGUGCUUAAUUACUGCGACCUACCUAAAUCGAAUAACAUGUGUGCUUUCAAGGUAAAUAGGGCUCAUAUAUAGCACUCGACAAUGUACAUGAUCUUAAUUACUCAAACCAUUGGCAAUUGGCAAUUGGGAAGUGUGCCUCUUUCUAACUUUCAA